AUGCAACGCAGCCAGAUCGCCCACCUUAAGUUCCAAAAACGGAACAAGGGGAGUCAACCGGCUGAGUCGCUGUUGCAACCCCCACCGCCGCUCGUACCCCCGCCGCCUCUACCGUCCUCCUCUCCUCCGUCAUCUGGUCAUGCAGGCCAGAAAGGGCCCGAUAUCUCCACCCUUCCCGCAUCCAAUCCCUGCUCUUCUGAGCCUCAGCUGCGUGCGCCGCCGGCCGUCCUACGAGCCACAAGGCGGGGUCAUGCGCCGAUAGUUGGCCAGUGGUUCGAAGGCAAGGUCGCUGCCCAGGACACGUUCUCGAGCUUCUGCAUAACGUCCCCGAACAUGUCUUACGUCCCGCGACUUCCGGUGGAACGCAAGGUCGUCGAAACGUUCGCUGACGGUCUCUGGGGGCUUCACGCUGCCGACCCGGAGGUACUUUUCAAGACGCUCUCCCCUAUGAAGGACUGGAAAGAGGAUACGUCCGCAGGAUUCGAGGGCAUGGGAUACCUCAAGGAAUCCGUCCUGGUUCCGCUGCGCGAAGCGGCAUCUCAGGCUCUGCGCGGGUUUCACAGUACCCGCCCGUCAGACAAGGUUCUUUUAGAUCAUGGCGACCUCCUAGUCAUGAUCCUAAAGCAGGCGGUCGACCGUAUGGACAAGAUCCCUUCGACGUCCGGUGUAGCUGUGGCCCGAGUCCUCCGUCGCUUAGAGUCCUCCGCGGACUACAGUUUCGAAGUUCUCCCCGUACUCGGCGCUUUCACAGGCGACCCUACCACGGCCCAAACCCUCACUCGCGUCGGUAUCCCCACUUGGUUGAUACAACCAAUCACUCAUUCGCUCCCUGUGUGGGAGGUGGUUGAAAGCAGGCUCCCUAGUUUCAUGUCGAACGAGAAGGCCGCGACACCGGCCUAUCAAAACCCUGACGUGGUCGCUGGUGUCGUGAAUCUGACUGGCAACUGGCUGAGCAACAUGGCGGUCAGCAUCUCCCAGGCUGUCUGCGGCAGCCGACUCACACCCUUGCACGUCUACCCGACGGAUCCCCACAUCCGGAAGCGGCGCGUGUGGACGAAAAGGUCCACCGAUACCUUCACAAUCUCUCCGACUAUGACUAGCCAUCCCAUGACCAUCGUGGAAUGGCGAGUGGCUCUGUGGGGUCAGUACUCCGAAGCGACAUUUACCCCACCAACCGUGUAUACGCCCUCCGUGCGGCGUGCCAAGCGAAGAAAGGAGGAGCGCAACGUUCACCUCUCUGAUGCGGACGUUCAAAGCAUCCUUCAGGAGCCUAGGACUACAGCCCCCAACAAGCGAGCCGCCGGUCUUCUAACUGAGAAGUUUCGUGCUCACUUCUCGGCUCCGAGUACGGGGGAAACGCAAGCAGCGUGGCUGAAGCGUUACAACAACGCGAGUCGCGAACGUCGCAACGAUCUCGUUCGCCAUGUUCCUGAAGAUAUUGUGGCAUUCAGCGCGCGCAUGCAGAUGCUGCCUAAGAACAUCUACAACUGGCUGCGCGAGAACCGGUACACGGGUGGACGUCUUAGAGGGCACGAUGGGCGUCGCCGUUCCCUGACCCUUCCGCGACCCCGGAAGCCUCGGACGAAGACCGGACUGGACGUCUUCCAGGCGUCGCCUGACGCUCCGCAGAUCGAAGUGCUCGACUUAGGAGGCCGUCCCAGGGCAGCGAUAGGUCAACUGCGCGCUGCCUGUGCCCACGCGUGGAAGAUUCUUCCUCCCGAGGAACAAGAUAUCUACAACGCCGUCGCCCAGGAGAAGAACGAGGAGCUUGCCGCAGAGCGGGAGGAGUCCGUGCCCAUUAAUGGAGGGUUCACCUCCUUGGAAAUCUCCAACGCGGUCGAUGACAGUAUGGACAUGAUCCACAACGUCCGUUGGGGCGGUCUGAUUUGCGUCGGUGGGCCGGACGAGACGGGCGAGCCUUCUGUGUACAUGACGUCGCGGGGUGUCAACAGACAAGGCCUCACCUUCCUGCAGGCCCUGCGCCAGACCGCUGGUUGGACUGAACAAGAAUUCUACCUCGUGCUCUCCCUCUGGGUGGAGCAGUCCCGUUCCGGUUGGUGCAUCGACCCUGACCAGGAUGUCGAGGCCGUUGACUUCGGACGGCACGCCCAGCGUGUCAUGGAGGACGAUGCGAGGGACAAGGUCCAGCGAGUCGUGCAAAUCGCCCCUGUUGUCGAGGAUGUAGCUGUCUCUCCGGCCCCGAUUCUCACUGCUUGCAUCGAUCCGACUCUGCGAGCGCCGCCUACGGCGCCCACUGCAGCACGGGACAUUGAAGGCAAGUCCAUAGUGCAUGUAGGUGAUUCGAACGACGACUCCGGCCCGGCUGACAUGGUCGGCGCGGACAUGGAUGUCCAUGCCGAGGUAAGUGUGGACGUCGACAUUGCGGCGGCGGCAGAACACCCCGAACCCGCCAACGCGAGGCGGAAGGGACAGCGCAUGGCAAAGAAAGGCGCGAAGACGAAGGGCAAGGCGAAAGGGGCGCGCAACAAGGUCAGUAAAGUUGCCGAGACGUCGGGCGUCGCAAUGCCCGACGCGAGCGCGAGCGCGGCUGUCGUGUCCCGUCCGUCCCGCAUCCGCGCGCAGACUGCACGCGCUCAGGGUCAAGAUCCCUUGAUGUCGUUGACCGAGCGCAUCUCGGCUGCGGGCAGCAUCUCGAGGGCUCGCGGCGCAGGCAGCGUCGGCGCCGCCGCCAAAGGCUUGUCUAAGCGGAGGGGCCGGGCGUGA